GUUAAUAUUUAUAUUUACUGUGAUUGUUUAUGGAAAAUCUCUAACAUAGUUUCAGACUUGAGUGCUUGGAGUAAAAAUUUGAGAGUAUUCGUGAGUUACCUGAAUAGUUUAUGAAAGAAGAUCAUUCUGUGAGAGAAUUGGAAGAGAUUUUCUUGAUAGUAACGAGCAUUUGAAAUGUUUUUGUGAAAUUUAUUGAAGGUGUUAGUAUGGAAGGGGUUGAGCUCGGUGCAAGCAAUGUGGAAUUCAAAGAAUGUUGGAACAGAGCAAGAGGUUCACCAUACAUUAUGCGCCUUGCUUUAUCUGCAGGUCUUGGAGGUCUUCUAUUUGGCUAUGACACAGGUGUCAUCUCUGGUGCUCUAUUGUACAUCCGAGACUACUUUGAGGAAGUGGACAAGAAAACAUGGCUACAGGAAACGAUUGUAAGCAUGGCUAUUGCAGGAGCCAUCAUUGGUGCUGCAUUUGGAGGAUGGGUGAAUGACAGAUUUGGGCGAAAAACGUCGAUUUUAAUAUCUGAUGUUUUGUUCCUUGCUGGUGCAAUAGUUAUGGCUUUUGCUCCAUCUCCGUGGUUCCUGAUUGCGGGGAGAGUUUUAGUUGGUUUGGGAGUUGGUAUGGCAUCCAUGACUGCACCUCUAUACAUCUCUGAAGUUUCUCCUCAUAACAUCAGAGGAGCUCUAGUCUCUGUCAAUGGUUUGCUUCUCACAGGAGGACAAUUUCUGUCUUUCCUUAUCAAUUUGGCAUUCACCAAGGUACCAGGAACCUGGCGAUGGAUGCUUGGGGUGGCAGGAAUUCCUGCUGCGCUUCAGAUAGUAUUAAUGGUGUUCCUCCCUGAGUCACCCAGAUGGCUCUACCGUCAGGGGAAGGAAGAGGAGGCAAAGAACAUCCUCUUGAGAAUCUAUCGGAAAGACGAAAUUGAAGAGGAGAUGAGAUCAAUGGAAGAGUCUGUUCAAGCUGAGAAGGAGGAAAACUUGAAAGGCGAAAAGAAUUUUGUGAAAAGAUUGAAGGAUGCUUUUAGCAAUGAUGUAGUUCGAAGAGGUCUAUAUGCUGGCAUCGCUGCUCAAGUUGCCCAGCAGUUUGUGGGCAUUAACACAAUCAUGUAUUACAGUCCAACCAUUGUUCAGUUCGCUGGAAUUGCAUCAAACUCAACAGCUCUUGCACUUUCUCUCAUUACAUCUGGCCUCAAUGCUUUUGGCACAAUCUUGAGUAUGGUAUUCAUUGAUAAAUAUGGAAGGAGAAGACUUAUGCUCAUUUCCCUGGUUGGAAUCAUUAUUUGCCUCGCCGUUUCAAGUGCUAUCUUUUUCGUGGCAGCUAAACAUGCUCCUGCAGUUAGUUACCAAGACACCCUCGAUUUUCCUCCCAACUCUACAUGCUAUUCUUAUACAAAUGCCCCUAAUUUCCGUUCCUGGAACUGCAUGCAAUGUUUGCGUGCAGAAUGUGCCUUCUGUGCCAACACCGACAACCAAUAUCAUCCAGGUGCAUGCCUGUCCGCAGAAAAGAGUGUAAGACAAGAGUGUCGUGCAGAGAAAAGAGUAUGGUUUUCUAUGGGUUGUCCAAGCAAAAUUGGAAUCCUAGCUGUAGCAGUGCUGGGAUUGUAUAUUAUAGCAUACUCUCCAGGAAUGGGAACAGUGCCUUGGGUUCUGAACUCAGAGAUAUACCCUUUGAGAUACAGAGGUUUGGGUGGAGGUAUAGCUGCAGUUUCCAACUGGUGUGCCAAUCUCAUGAUGAGUGAGUCAUUCUUAAGCAUGACUGAGGCUUUAGGUGCAUCCGGCACAUUCCUACUUUUUGCUGGGUUCUCCCUCAUUGGAUUGAUAGCAAUCUAUGCAUUAGUGCCUGAAACCAAAGGCCUUGCGUUUGAGGAGGUGGAGAAGUUGCUUCAAGAAGGCUUCAGACCCUACCCGUUUAACAAGAAAAAGAAGGAAAUCAAGGAAAAAGUCGAAGAUUAGUAGUUGCCAUGUCAGAGUAGCUUUAAUGAUAUGUAGGACAUCAUUUUUCUUGUCUGUUGAAGACAUCGCUGUUGCUUCUCUUCUUGCCUCCUGCAAAUAAUUAAUGAAAUUGCAUUUAAUUCA